GUCAGAGCUUGUAAAGAACAGUGAUCCUGUUAAACAGCAUAUAUUGUGGACUUGAUAUACCUUUUCUGUUGCCAAUUUAUGCGAGAUUUUUUCCUUCUGCUUCAGAGGAUUACCUGGUGAAAAUCUGAGCUUGGGGGGUGGGGGAAAGAGCAGCACAUUCAGUAGGAUCAGGGAUGAAAAAGAUACAAGUUCAUUCUUUCAAAAGGAGGCACUAGGGCCCGGAAAGAAAAGGUUGUUUUAAUUUCCUCAGUGUGGCGGCUACAUACAUAACUAAUUUCCUUUAGGUCUUGUGAUGAACUAAGUAAACCACAAACUUCAACAGGAACCUUGCACACUGGUUCUUGUUUCCACUGUGGCAUGCACUUGUCAUGUCCAUCUCUACCUCUGGCAGUUCAACUUCACCUAGUUUCACAGCAUGGAUCAACGAGAAAUUAUCAUGCAAAACCUGGAAAGGGCCAGAAACACAAAGCUCAACAGAGGGGAGUUCACAAGUGAAUUUUUGAAACUGAAAAGGCAAUCGGCAACCUACAAAGCAGACAAAAUCUACCCAACAGCUACAUCUGAGAUGCCAGAAAAUAUCAGCAAGAACCGGUACAAGGAUAUCUUGCCAUAUGAUCACAGCAGAGUGAAGCUCUCCCUUAUUACAUCAGAUAAAGACUCGCAUUAUAUCAAUGCCAAUUUUAUCAAGGGUGUAUAUGAGCCAAAGACCUACAUAGCUACCCAGGGUCCACUUUCGACAACAGUUGUGGACUUCUGGAGGAUGGUUUGGGAAUAUAAAAUCCUGAUUAUAGUCAUGGCUUGCAUGGAAUUUGAAAUGGGAAAGAAAAAAUGUGAAAGAUACUGGGUAGAGGUGGAUGAGACUCCAAUCCAGCUGGGACCUUUCUCUAUUUUCUGUGAGGCUGAAGAGAAGAGAAGUGACUAUGUGAUUCGCACUUUGAAAGUGAAACUGAAUGACAGUGAAAUCAGAACUGUCUACCACUUUCAUUAUAAAAAGUGGCCAGACCAUGAUGUUCCCUCCUCAAUCAACCCUAUUCUUCAGCUCAUCAUUGAGAUGCGUUGCUACCAAGCACACUAUGAUGUACCUAUCUGUGUGCACUGCAGUGCGGGCUGUGGACGAACAGGAGUCAUUUGUGCAAUUGACUAUACACGGACAUUGGUAAAAGAUGGGAUUCUUCCAAUGAACUUCAGCAUUUUUAACAUGAUUCAGGAAAUGCGCACUCAGAGGCCUUUAUUAGUGCAAACUCAGGAGCAAUACAAGUUGGUCUACGAUGCUGUCAUUGAAAUCUUUCAAAGGCAAAUUGAAAUACUGUCCAGUCAUUCUGGUACCAUUACUGUGGAGACAGAAAUACACCAUCCAACAGCCAAGACACCCCAGGCUCUACAAAUGGAAACCUCUUCUCGGAAUUCACUGAGCAGUUCAGCCGAAGAGGGUCAUGAGAAGUCUUGGCAUUCUGGUCACAGUGUAUGGGCCUUAGACACUCAUGGCAGAUCCAGAGAUGGUCAUCCUUCAAUCAGGCAAGCUCUUUCUGUUGGACCCAUGAGCUUCAGCGCCAGCAGAACCAUGGAUGCCACAGCAAGAUGGGAUCCUUGGUCAAUAGGACAGCCACUCCAUAAACAUCACAGCUUGGACUUUAACAAUCUCUUUUGGGCACAGGUGCCUCUUACUUUAAAAUCUGGAGGCAAAACUGGACUGAGCUUAGAUACAACAGUGCCUCUAACACGGACUAAAUCUAACCCUUUUGAGUUAGUAUCACAGAAAACACCCCAAAUGUUGACAAGAAAAGACCCUGGGUCCUAUUUGGGCAUCCCAUUUGGAAGCUUUCAGGUUGACUCAAGCCUUUCAAAUACAUUAUCGAGCAAAGUGCAGCGCUGCAGGCUCAGGAAGUUACGCCACCAGCCUUGCACUUGGUCAGCAGAGGAUCCUUACUUUUCUUCUAUCUCAUCAGAAGAACCAUGUUCCCCAGAAUUUCCUGACUCUACUGUGGAUCUACCUGAAACAGUUCCCCCAUUUUCCCCGGCUGUGGACUUACAGUCAUCAGAUGCGAUAUCCAGUCAUCUGCCAUGCAACUCCCAGGCCCAGAGUACCUACCUGUUGGAUGUGGUGGAAUCAGCUUGCCAGAAUUCUCCCCAACUUGAUGAAGAAAUUCCUCCCCCAUUGCCAGAGAGAACUCCAGAGUCCUUUAUCAUACCUGGAGAAGAUGAUAACUCUUUGUUGGCAGCUUCAAACAACCAGCCAGCACUCAAGAUUGAGGAAACUGGAGUCUCUAAAGAAUGGAGCUGUAUGUCUCAGCUGAAAUUUUCUGAUGACAGUGUAAGAAUGAGGCCAAGUAAGGGUAAGAAGCUGCAGAGACCCAGCUCAGAGUUUUAUCCAGCUCGGUCUCCAUCACCUCCUCCUCCCCCACUUCCUGAGAGAACUCCUGAGUCCUUUAUCCUUGCAGAUGAGGAAUCUCAGCCAUCUGUUACAAACAGUGUUGUGAGCUUCAAAGACUCUGGAACUAAAUCAACAGACGUGUCAUCAAAGGAAGCAAAAUGCUUGAGGAGGAGUAAGAGCCUGAAGAUUUUACGAAAUGUGAAAAAUAGUAUUUGUGGUCCAUCUUCACUAGUAAAAACCCCAGGGCCUGAUAAAUCAAAUCAUUCCCGCUCUGUUCUGAGUUUUGGCUUUGCUAACCAAUUUUCAAAACCGAAAGGACCAAGAGAUCCUCCACCAAAUUGGAACAUUUAGUUGAACAUUUGUCUCCAGCUGAACUGCAGUCCUGCCUUGUUGUUCUGCUUUUGGGUUGCCAGUGAUGUUUGCAACCAGAGCAUCAUUUUGAAGACAAAAGCUUUUGUUGCGGUGCUAGAAGAAAGGAGAGAAUGUAUCUUCUACAGACUGAAAACCAUACAACCUCAUCCAUCCAAUUGCUCUGUACUGCAUCUAAAGUAAAUACGAGCAGAGCUCUGUUCUAGCCCCUGCUUACUGUUCCUACUUCCAAUGUGGCAGCAGUAGGUUGUUUAUAGAAACAACUGUUUGUGCUGAACAAAAGCAACUAAUGAUGAUCGGAUCUAUCUAGAAAGCAAAGCAUAGAGGAGUUGCUCUUAGUCCAAGAUGUAUAGAUGUUGCUCAGCGGUGAAAGAAAAGUACUUCAUUUAAGCCAAGACUGGCACUCUUAUUUAUUAGUCAUUCAUAUGGUUCAUGACUAUGUCUGAUAUGCAAAUGUGGAUUUCAAGGCCUAGCUUUUGCAUUUUACAUAUACCAAAAGUUGGUAGGCAAUUUAUCUAUUGCAUGUACACAUACAGGGGCCAUUAUUUGCAUGAAUGUAGUGUAUGCCAGACCAAGGUUGGUGGACAUGUAAGCACUUUUGCUAUACUUGUGUUCCACAAUUUACACUAUGUCACUGACCUAGGAGCUCAGCAUUGUCACAUGCCCUACUUCACAAUAUUAUCAAAGAACAAACAAUUUUAGCUUCUUUCUUUUUUAAUGGAACUCAUUUUCCUACAAGCAAUGACUGUGCUUUUUCUAAAUCAACUAGCUAUACUUGAUUCGAAGCCUUGUUUCAGUUUUAAGAAGUAAUUCUUGAACACUUGAAUACCACAAGUGUCCUCUCAGUACCUAAGAUCUGUUUCCUAAAUAUUCACAAUUGAGAGGCUGAAAAGACAUAUCCUGAUUAUUUAAACUCUUAUUUCAGAACUUUUAAAUAGCAAGAUAGUGUUGGAAAUACUGAACACUGGACACAUCUGGAUUUUUUAAAAACUUCCUUACUUCUAACUGCUGCAAUAUGUCCCCCUAGGCCAGGCCUAAAGCUUGUAGGCUAGAAUUCUGGGACCAAAAAGAUUCACUACCUGCUAUUGCAGCCAUAUUCUCCAUGCUCAAAUGUUCCAAAUAUGCAAUAUAUACUCAUAAAGUAUAAUAUGGCAGAGGUUCCUGCAGGGGAGGGCCUUUGCAUUGUUGAAGCAUGCCCAGAUACCUGCAUGGCUGCAGCAAC